CUUCUCCGGAAACAGUUUAUCGGAUUUCUUUCUCGCGCCAUCGGCAUCACUAACAACAAGUACGACAAGAUUGGGUUCUUGCGCCAAUGUUAAGUUAUUGAUUUCUUUGAUCCCAAGUUACGUCAACUUUUGCUUUUUUUCUUCUUCUUCUUAUCUUAGGCUUUGGAUUGAUAACAAAUAGAAGUUGUCUGAUUUUUGCAUUGGAUAUUGCUUUAUUCUUAUGGCAUUGGCAGUAUGCGUGGGUGCUCUAAGAGCAGCAUUUCAAAUGCUGCUCGAUGCGGUUAUAGCAGUGAAGGCGGAAACUACCGUGUUUAAGCCUCACCUUGGAAAUAUCAAAUCCACACUAGACUCCUUACAGCCAAUGAUCGAAGAGAUAGAAAAAUAUAACUCAAAGGAGGGGCUAGAAAAUUAUACAAUGCAAAUGGAGGCGGGGGUAAAUCUUGUUCGCAAGUGCAGCAAGGUUGGUGUGUGGAGGUGCUGCAGGAAAUACAGAUACACUAAAAAACUUGAUGAAUUGGAUAGAUGUAUUCAAAGACUAGUGGAUGUGUUGAAAGUGCAGGGCAUAAGGGAUGUCAGGGAGACCUUGGUUUCAUUAAGGAACAUAGAGACGGUGCUGCAUCGUAUCGAAGGGAACUUUGUGAUGCAAAAUCAGUCUGAAAAAAUCAAUGGUUGGCCUGCUGUGCCUGAACCUCCACCGGUUACAGUCGGGUUGGAUGUGCCAGUGAAGGAAUUGAAGAUAAAGCUUCUUCGGGAUGAUGUGUCCAUGCUUGUGCUGACUGCUGCUGGCGGAUGUGGGAAAACCACAUUGGCAAAAAAGUUUUGUCAAGAUCAGGAAGUAAAAGAUAAAUUCAAGGACAAUAUCUUCUUUGUCACUCUUUCCAAGAAGCCCAACUUGGACCUUAUUGUACAUGAACUAUAUCAACGGAAGGGUUCUCAGGUGCCUGCUUUCCAAAACGAAGUAAUUGCGGUUAACUGGUUGCAACUUUUUCUGAAGGAAACAGGACAAAGUCCUUUACUGAUUGUCCUGGAUGAUGUUUGGUCAGGAUCAGAGUCCCUUCUUGAGAAGUUUGAUCAAUUCAAAAUGUCAAAUUACAAAGUUUUGGUCACGUCAAGAUUUGCAUUUCCAAGAUUUGGUUCUCCAUAUCAUUUGGAAUCAUUGAAUGAUGCAGAUGCAAUGGCUCUUUUUCGUCAUUCAGCAUCCUUGGAUGAUAAGACCUCUUAUGCUCGGGAAGACCUUUCAAGAAAGAUAGUAGAGCUCUGUAAGGGAUUUCCACUUGCCAUUGCGGAGGUUGGAAGAUCACUUCGCUGCCAGCCUAUAGAGAUUUGGCAAAAAAAAGUAAUGGAAUGGUCUAAAGGUUCUUCUAUACUUGCAUCUAACAGUGAUUUGCUUGCUUGCCUCGAAAGCAGCUUAGAUGCCUUGGAUACAGAAAAACCUAUCCUCAAGGAAUGUUUCCUUGACCUGUGCUCAUUUCCUAGAGACCAAAGGAUCUCUGCUGCCAACCUCGUAGAUAUGUGGGCAGAGUUAUAUGGCCUAGAUGAACCCAGUCUGUCCAUCGCGAAUCUCUACGAACUAACCACGCAGAGUUUAGCUAAUCUUGUAGCCACAAGGAAUGAGAGAGAGCCGGAUGGCUAUUACACUGAAUACUUUGUUACCCAACAUGAUAUGCUUAGGGAGUUGGCUAUUCAUCAAGCGAGUCAAGACCCAAUAGAACAGAGAAAAAGACUAAUUAUAAAGACAUGUGGAGACAAUCUUCCUAUGUGGUUGGCAGAGCAAAAGCAUCAGCCCCUCCAGGCUCGAAUAUUAUCAAUCUCAACUGAUGGAGCCUUCUCAAAAAAAUGGCCAAACAUGCAACUACCAAAAGCAGAGGUUCUAGUUCUAAAUUUUGAAACCAACAGCUACGCCUUACCCGAAUUUGUGAAGAAAAUGGAUAAUUUAAAGGUUCUAAUAGUCACAAAUUACGGUUUCUUACCUUCUGAGUUAAAUAAUUUUCAAUUACUUGGUUCCUCAUCAAAUCUGAAGAGCAUUAGAUUGGAACGCAUUUCAAUUCCUUCCAUAAGCAAGAACCUCAAACAGUUGAAAAGUAUACAGAAGAUAUCUUUAUUCAUGUGUAGCAUCGGUCAAGCUUUUGGUAAAGGUUCCAUCCAAAUUCUAGAUGCAUUGCCAAAUCUAGCCGAAAUGCACAUAGAUUAUUGCCAUGAUCUGGUGGAAUUGCCCGCAGAGCUUUGUGAUCUUAUUUGCCUUAAGAAGCUUAGCAUCACCAACUGUCAUAACUUAUCCGCCUUGCCUGAAAAGAUUGGAAAGCUAGUCAGUUUGGAAGUGUUGAGGCUCAGGUCAUGUACAGACUUGUUAGAGUUGCCAGGCUCGAUUAUGAACCUUAAAAAGUUAAACUUUCUCGACAUAUCCUAUUGCUUGAGCAUUAAGGAGUUGCCUGAACACAUUGGUGAGAUGUGCAGUUUAAAAAAGCUCAACAUGAGACAAUGCUCAAGAUUGCGAGAUCUGCCUGCAUCAGUUUUGGACCUUGAGCAGUUGAAGAAUGUGACAUGUGAUGAGGAGACAGAACUUUUAUGGCAACCCUUCUUACCCCUUCUCAAAAACGUACACAUAAAGGCGGUCAAAGAAGAUAUCAACCUAAAUUGGCUCCACAAGCUUCCAUCUUGAGAUUUUUAUUUUUUAUUUUGUAAAUAGUUGAGCUAUUUCUUUAGUGUAUGAACUAAAUGUUCAAUUGUGGGCUUUAUUACAAACGUGUCUGCUCUUAUGUGGUCGUCAAUGGCCCCACUACUUUUGGUGUGGAA